GGGGGCGGGAAGCGGCCGGCGGGGGCCCCGCCUGCGCCUGCGGAGCAGCCCCGGGGCCCGGGCUGGCGGGCCCGGCCGGGCCGUGCGGCUGCGGGACACUGCCCCGCCUGGGUCCGGUCUCCACAGAGCCCCGUUCUGAGUGCGCCGUUUUGCUUUUAAACGGAUUUGCAAAACCCUGCAGGUUUGGGCAGGGUUGGCCUGCGUCGGAGCCAGAGUGAAGGGAAAGGGAGAGAAUGUAUUUCGGAGCCUUCGGUCGCAUGGAAAAAUGCUUGCAGGGGUUCGGCUCGGAGGGAAUUGCCCUUUAUUUUCUGUGGGUUGUACCCUUGGAGUUGUAAGGAAAGGUCGUGAGUGGAAAGAAAAAAGAUAAAUUAUAUACUGAAAAAAAAAAAAACCCACCACCCAACACAGCAGACUGUUCUCACAUACUGGAUACGGUUGCAGAUGGCUGGACGAAUCCUGCACAGCUAUGGAGAAUGAACCAAGCACAACAACAUGUUCUGCAUCCACAACUACCAUCACUACCACCUCCACCUCCCGGACGCAGCUGCCCCAGAUCUCUGUCUACAGCGGCUCCGACCGGCACGCCGUCCAGGUUAUUCAGCAGGCCUUGCAUCGUCCUCCUAGCUCAGCUGCUCAGUACCUCCAGCAGAUGUAUGCAGCCCAACAGCAGCAUCUAAUGCUGCAGACUGCUGCUUUGCAGCAGCAGCACUUAAGCAGUACCCAAUUUCAGAGUCUGGCAACUGUACCACAGGCAAGCCUGUCAGGUGGGAGGCAAUGCACUUCCCCCACUGGGAGUGUCACUCAGCAGUCAAGCAUGUCGCAGACCUCGAUUAACCUCUCCACCUCUCCUACACCUGCACAGAUAAUAAGCCGUUCACAGACCUCCAACACCACCAGCAGCAGUAUUACCCAACAGACUAUGUUGCUGGGGAGCACCUCUCCAACCCUGAGUGCCAGCCAGGCUCAAAUGUAUCUACGAGCUCAAAUGCUUAUUUUUACUCCCGCGACCACUGUGGCCGCUGUCCAGUCUGACAUUCCUGUUGUCUCAUCAUCCUCCUCAUCUUCCUGUCAGUCUGCAGCUACUCAGGUUCAGAACUUGACAGUGCGCAGUCAGAAGCUGGGGGUGUUGUCAAGUUCCCAGAAUGGCCCACCAAAGAGCAGCAGUCAAGCUCAGUCCUUGUCUCUGUGCUCUAAUAAACCUGUCCCCAGUUCCAAGAGCAGCCAACCAGAUCCCUCAGAAAGCAAUAAAAGGGGCGAGAGCCCAACUCCCGAGUGUCGGGGGACACCGGUCACACGGACAUCGAGCAUACAGCACCUCAUAACACCAGCUUCAUAUUCUCCAUUGCAACCUCAUUCUCUAGUAAAACAUCAGCAGAUCCCACUUCAUUCACCAUCUCCAAAGAUUUCCCAUCAUCAGCUGAUACUGCAACAGCAGCAGCAAGUCCAGCCAAUUGCACUUCAGGCUCCUCCAGGCCAGGAACCCCCUCCGUCACAGCACUGCCUACCACUCCCAAGCCAUGGUCUUCCUCCAGGUCCCAGCAGUGUCCAGUCUCAUUGCUCACCUAUUCACAUCCAUCCUCCACCCCUAACACUGUCUCCUACCCCAUCCCAGUCAGCUCAGCAGUCAGUAGUGGUAUCCCCUCCACCUUCUCACUCCCCUAGUCAGUCACCCACUAUAAUUAUUCACCCUCAAGCACUUAUUCAGUCACAGGCAAACUCCCUCAUGCCAACAGCACUUCAGCCAGAGCAGGCUGCUCCUCAGCAGGCCACUACCAGUCCAGUUCGACCAGUUGCCCAGCCCCUCAACCUUCCCUCACACCUUCCGCUUCCGUCUUCUCCCGCUGUACAUAUAGGGUCAGUAGAUCAGCCCAGCUUAGUUUCCCCAGGCCAACCAGUUGUGUCCUCAGCACCCCACCAGCAGUAUUCAGCCUUGCAGUCCACACCUAUCCCUCUUGCAGCUCCUCCUCAGCUGUCAGCAUCUUCAACUCAGAUUCAACAACUGCCGUUGCAGCCUGUGCAGUCUUUACAAGUGCAGCCUGAAAUUCUGUCCCAGGGCCAGGUUUUGGUUCAAAACACUUUGGUUUCUGAGGAAGAACUUCCUGCUGCAGAAGCUUUGGUCCAGCUGCCAUUUCAGACUCUUCCACCACCACAGACUGUUGCAGUAAACCUUCAGGUGCAGCCAUCCGUACCGAUUGAAACUCCAGUGAUUUACCAAGUGGAGAAUGUAUGUGAGGAAGAGAUGCCUGAGGAAUCAGAUUGUGUCCCAAUGGCUAGAACACCUACACCACCCACUUUGUCUCCACCAGCCAUAACCCUGGGGAAUGGAGAGGCACUUAAUUCAGAAGAUCCUUUGUCAGAGCAUGGUGGCCUGCCUUCAGUGACAUCAUCAGUCAGUGCCUCAGUAAUUAAAUCUCCAUCUGAUCCUUCACAUACCUCUAUUCCACCACCACCUCUUCUGCUUCCAGCAGCAACGACAAGGAGCAACAGCACCUCAAUGCCCAACAGCAUUCCUAGCCUAGAAAAUAAGCCUCCACAGGCUAUUGUUAAACCACAGAUCCUGACCCAUGUUAUUGAAGGCUUUGUGAUUCAGGAGGGGUUAGAGCCAUUCCCUGUAAGUCGUUCAUCUUUGCUGGUAGAACAGCCUGCAGAAAAAAGAUUGCUAGUGGAGGGUCAAAUCAUGAGUGUUGUGUGUGUUGAAUCAGACUUGCAGAAUGCAAAACAUGCAGACAACUCGUCGGACACAGAGAUAGAGGAUAUGAUUGCAGAAGAGGGACUGGAUGAAAUUGAAAAUGAUCUUCUGAAGUGUGAGUUUUGUGGGAAAAUGGGAUAUUCUAAUAAAUUUCUACGGUCAAAAAGAUUCUGCUCCACGUCCUGUGCUAAAAGGCACAGCCUUAGUUGCACUAAGAAAUUUGGGCUGUUCACAUCAGACAAGACCAGUCGCUGGAAUCGGAAAUCAGAUGCCCAAAGUCUCGGGCGACGCGGGCGUCGGCCGAGCGGCCCUGAGGGGGCACCACGAGAUCAUUUUCUUAGACAGCUUCCAAUUACUUAUCCAUCUGCAGAAGAAGAUACGGCUUCUCAUGAAGAUGCUGUUCCGGCUGCCAUGACAACCCGUCUGCGGAGACAGAGUGAAAGGGAGAGGGAACGUGAACUUAGGGAACUAAGAAUUAGGAAAAUGCCAGAGAGCAUUGACUUGUUACCAGUGGUGCAAGCUGACCCGUCAGUAUGGACUGUUGAUGAAGUCUGGGCCUUCAUACGUUCUUUGCCUGGUUGCCAAGAUAUUGCAGAUGAAUUUAGAGCACAAGAAAUUGAUGGACAAGCUCUCCUCUUGUUGAAGGAGGAUCACCUUAUGAGUGCAAUGAAUAUUAAGCUUGGACCUGCAUUGAAAAUCUGUGCACGUAUCAAUUCAUUGAAGGAAUCCUAGGGGGUGAAGAUGAAGGUUUAAACACCAGUUUCUCAGUGACACAACCAACAGUAAUAUGCCAAUAUCUUCACUGUGGCAUGAGUGUUACUGUGCUCUUUUGUUAAAUAUGUGGGGUUUUCCCCACAUACAGACUUAAAAUGUUCCUUUGAUUAUACCAGGUAGUUUUCUGUAGUUUCCAACAAUUAAUAGGUUCAUUGUGAAGCCUGAGUAAUACUUUGAGUUGAAGUGGGAGUUUGUGGAAAAACAUGAAGUGAAAUAUGCUAUGAUGGGUUAAAUAUUCCCCACCGUGUACUUUAUUUUAUAAGUCUGACACCCCAGUACCCUCCUCCCCCCCUGCCCCCCCAAUCUAAACACCAUUUAAGUUGUGUUGCUGUAUUCUGCAAGAUUUUUCCCAUACAGCAGUUUUUGGACUGAAAUAACAGAAGUGUCCACAGACCCUGUGGAAGCACUAAUAACAGUAAAAUGCUAUGCAUUUAGUUGUGCUCUCUGAAUUCCUUUUAGUCUUGAGCAAACUGUUUGUAAGGGGUAGGUUUGCAGCUGGUUUUCCUUGUGUAGGCUUACCCUUGUCUCUGCCAUUGUAGUAUUUUCUUCAAGUCUGGAAAUACUGUAAACCAUUUAGGUGUCUCAUUAAAAUCCUCAUCAGGCUACUGAAAUGCUGGGCACUCUUGCCAGAGGUAACUGAAGCACAUGUUACUUUACUCUUUGUAUGCUGCUAUGCACUAAGAGGGCAUUAAGUUGUUAGGUUUAUGGUUUUGCAUGCUGCUAGUUAAAUAAGACCAGCAGUUCUCAAAUGGGGGUUCAGAGUGGAUCUUGAGAAGGUGUGAGAACACCCAGGGUUCAGGUUCCUAAAUGCCUAAGCAUGAGGGGCUGAAAACUGCAGCCAGAACUAGCUCGUGUUGAGACAAGUGUACUUGGAAGACUGGAGGUAGAGAAGGGAUAGCAUAGCUCAGAUGCUCUUGUUCUUGAUACCUCUUCUAACUUGUCUUUCCCUGCAGUGCAUUCCCAUUGCCUCAUUGGAAGCUUCCAAGCACCUUUUAUUUGCCCACUGGCUAGUGUGAGCUGGGCUUGCAGUAGUCUGAGGAAGGAGCAUGGUGAGUUGCUCGAGGAGGUCCUUUCAGAGCUCAUUGUAGGAGCUGCUGCUGCUGCAGCAAGGGAGCCUGGAGCUGCAGAUGGGCAGGAGUGCCACUGCUAGGCAGCUGUGGGAGAAAUCUCCAGUGGCCCUGCUUUGUUCCUCUGGCAGCAGACUUGGAUGCUGCAGGCCCAGGCACUGGGAUAGUAGUAUCUCCCAUCUCCCCUCUCUCGCACUCUGUGCCGAACAAGUACGUGUUCCCUGGUUACUGACACCCUCAGAAGCUGCUCGGACACCUUCUGGGCCUUUGCUUCCCCAUCACCUGUGUAUGGACAUUCGUGGAUGUGUUUUGUACCUUCUGUUCCCUCCCUUUUGUAGCUACAUUCUCCUUAUGUACAGAUCUAGAUCCCUAAGCUCUUGUAUAGGGAAAGAAGGGUAUGUGUGCUGACAGAGUCGUUGUGUAUAUUUGAACUAAAUAUGUGUAUGUGUCUGCAAAUAAUGUAUUUUGUAUUUUAUGCAAUUUAAUGCAUAAUAUAUGGUCGUGUAGGGAGAUGUUCAGGGGGACCCUAAAGAAUUCCUGAAGAGAAGAGGAACUGAUCUAAAGUUUGAGAACUGCUGACCUAGAUCAAAAGGAGUCGAUGCACAUACACUGGCUGAAAGGAAGGUUUCUGACAGGUAGAUUAAUAUGUAUAUUAUUUAACUGAUGACCUUAAAGAGUAAACUUGGAUUACAGAAAAAUCUGUUCUUCAUUUUCCUUUAAUAAGACUAUUGCUUUGCUUCUAUUAACAGACUUUCUAUCAUUAUCUUCCAGACAUCAACAUUACAAUGAUUGUUUUUAAUUACAGCUAUUUGAGCUUAUUAAUAGCAAAUGUUAUUAAUAUUAUUAUUGACCACUGAAGCUCCACUGCUGUUCCACACUAGUAUAUGGUAAGAGCCCUUAUCCAAAUAGCACCAAAGGCUUUAGAGAAUUUAUUGAUGUCUGGGUUUAUUUUGGAGGGAAGCUGCUAAGCACUUUCUAAUUUGUUUUUUUCUGUCUUCAGUUCCUCUUGUCAAAUCAACUUAGUUGAAGGUUCAAUGUUUGGCAGUGUUCAUGUGAAAGAUAUUCAAAUGAUGGAGACAGGAGGUUCCCAUCUGUAGCAUUUCUGUAAGAUAAACCCUGUAGCAUAUCUGUAACAUAAGUUUUAAAGGAUGCAUUGUUUUGAUGAGAUAAUUGAAGACUAAAGAUAUCUUAGAUAUUUAUCCUUUGGCUUUUGUCUUAAAGUUUUAUUAUUUUUAUACAAAAAUUUCACUGGCUAAUUUUUAACCUGUCUUCUGAUUGUACUCUUCUUUGGCAAUGUAAAAAGUAGGUAUAUGUAAAUGUCAUUUGAUAAUGGCUGAAGGCAUAUUUGAAAAUGUGGAGUUGUCUCUUAUUUAGACCUGCAGUUAAUCACAGUGUUGUUACAUGCGUGAGAAUUUCAUGGUUGUUUUAAUUCUGCUUUAUUAGACAGCUUUCAGGAGACCUUCUACAGCUAGUGUUUGGAUAUGACUCUGGGACAUAAUCACUGACAGAUGCCGGGAGCUCAGAGUAGACCUGAUUAAUGUUCUGGUUCCUCUGGUACACUACAUAUUCUGGUUUUUUGGGAGAGCCACAGAUAGUGAGUUAUGCUUUAAAUAUUCAUGAACACAACAACUAAGAAUGUGAGCCUUACACAUACUGAAAAUUUGUUCCCUUUCCCUGGUUUUGGCAUUAAGCAGGACCUUAAAAGCAGACACAGUUAUACUAACCUUUACUGAUAGAAAUGCACAUGCAUUGGAGGGGUUGCCAGUGUAGCUGUGUCGAUAAAAUCAGUUUAAAGAAAAAUGACAUCUGUAUGUGAAAGCAGGCUGGAAAAUUUCUGAGUGCAACUCAAGUCUGCUUCAGAAGCAUUUGUAUUUACUCAAAAAAGCAAUAUAGUACUUUAUAUUCUUCCAGAACCAUUUUGCAUACCGGUCACUUGUUUCUGUUCAGAUCAGUGAGGUUUUCCCAGGCUUCUACUGCCAUUUCCCAUGGCUUUUUCAACAAAGUAAGCUAGACUGUCUUGCAAAAUAGGAAGCAUUGCAGAUUUUAAUUGACUAUGUUAUAAUAGUUGUGUCUGUCCCAGUCCCCCCGCCCUGGAUGUGCAAGAAAUCCUUUUCAUUAGCUUUAUUUCCUGGAGUUUUGCAUUCUGUAUUCAGACUGCUGCUGUUGUUAAGACUACAGCUCACUGAAAUCCCUGCAAUAUUUCAGUUCCUAUAGCAAAGAAGAGAUUAGACUGUGAGAUCUUAGCUCAAGAGAGAGAUACAUUGUGUGGCUUUUUCCUGCCCCACACUUGGCACAUCCAUAGGGCUUUAUCAGCUUGCUUAGAGAGAGAAUAAAAAAUUUUGUCAAGUUAAAUUGCUGCUUGGCUUGGAUUGCCAGAGAAUGUAUGAAGGGUUUUUUAAGACUGAAUGGUAAAUCCAUUCUUUACCCAUUAACCCAUUGUAUUGUUUUCCAAAAGUGAAGUUAUUGAUGGAGGGUAAAACCUUUGCUAGAUUUGUGUCAGUGAGAUAUCUCAAAUAGAAGGUUUAUAUUCUGCAAGUAUCCAUUUCCCCGUUUCUUUCCUGUGAAAGCAGGUUUUUUUUCCCUUAACUUCUUUUUGGACAAAUCACAAGUGGGAAUCCAGCAUUUUGAUAGAAAAGAUAGAGUCCAUCAUAACUGCAGAUGUGGCAAGAGGAAAGAAAUGGGAUAAAAACAAGUAUUUGAGCAGCCUUAGGAUAGCUUUUGGAUCACUUAUCUUGAUCUUAACUAUUAGGAAAUGUGCAGGUAUAAAACCAUUCCUUAACUGUAGCCUGAAUGGGAGUUUAUGUAGUGAGACUUUGCUGGGUGUAGUGUGUCUCUGCCUGGCAUACCAGUUCAAACUAAUGCCUAUUUCAGACGAAUGCUCCCAUUUUUAUGUGUACAAUAUCAGUGUAGAAACUUACAGCUCAAUAGCUCAAGAAGUUUCUUAAUCGUUGACAAAUGUAAAGUUCCAAGUGAUCAAAGAAUUCAGUGACACCUGUACUGUGUGUCCUGGUUUUGCAAAUAAUUGGACAUCGACAAAAUUUAUAGCAUGAGUAGUUCUGAUUAUACUGAGACUAUGAAUAUUAAAAAUAAGCAUGUGUAUAUAAAAGCUUUCAGGGUUAUUUUCUUACCAGUAUUGCAUAGGGAUGUCCUGAUAACAUCUAUUUAGGUAUAUAGGUGUCACUCACUAGCCAGACUUUUGCUCAUCAUUUGUUCUAGGCUGCAGACAAUGACUCUUCAAAAGAAUCAUUCUAGGAUACUUGUUUUAAUGUUCACCAGAGAUGGAAAGAAACUAACAUUUUAAAGUAUUUAGUUUUAAAUGUACUGUGUCUGUUGAAUGCUGGGUGGAACAGGUAUGAGCAGAUCUAUAAAUGCAUCAUUUCAAUGUAAGGUGUUAGUAAUUGCUCAUAGUGAAAUAAUUUUUAAGUUACUCUUGCACAGUGAGCUGUAGUUUCAGGAAAUAUUGUAAGGAGAAAGAGGAAUUUACACUAAUUUAAUACUAUGUUCAUUUAAGUUAAGCCUAAAUUAAGCUACUUUUAAAGAAAUUUGUCUUUAGCCAUAAGGAUUUAUUUACACCCUAUCCAUUUGACUGGAUGGCUUUGCAAAUAGUGACAUUUAAGAAAGAGAUGAUAAUUAUGAUGCAGAGAAGUGCCUGCUGUGUAGAUGUCUAUUUUCUUUUUCAGGAACCUGUCCCUUGGGCAGUCUGAGCUGAUGGACAGCCUGUACCCCUGCAGUCAGAGCCUGGGACAUAGGUAGAGAACAAAAGCAGUUAGGACAUGUUAGGCUAAUCCAUAUCAAUCUUGCUGAUUUGGUUUUUCCACCUUCACAACUUGGGAGGAGCUCUAUCAGGUGUCCUUUCCUUCUCCAUACAGAUUUCUACAUGUGCUUUUUGCCCUGUUGGGUGUGAGCUCUGUUGGUCAGGGCAUUUUGUGUGACUCUUUUCUCUGGGUCUCACAGUCAGCACUUCCACAUACACUCAAGGCCUCCAUCCUCAGCUGCUCUGUAGGUUUGUGUAACCCCUACAUUAACACUUAGACACACCUGCUUGUGCACUUGUGUGUGCACAUUGUUUACUGAUCUUUUCUAGCUAAAGGGAAGGAAAAAACAAUUCAAAGGUGUGAAGAUACAUGGUAGACCUGAAGUGUAGCUUUUGUACUUGUUGAUACAACUUUUCAAAAGCACAGGUCUGGGAGUCAGUGUUAUGAACAGAUUGCAAGUUAAAAAAUUUUAAACUUCCAGCAUGUUUCAGCUUCCUGCUGAAUUACCCAAAAUGACUGUGCAGUGAGGAGCUAGAAAAAGGAGAUCUAAAGAGUUUUUUUCCAUGUAGAAGGAAUUCCAAUUUGACCACAAUUGUACGAUUAUAGAAGAGUGAUCAUAAAUAUAAUUUAGGUGCAAUACUUAAGGAGCAUUUUAAUUGGGUGUAAAAAGCACUGUAUUGUUAUGUAGAGUCGUUGAAAGGCUUAUUGUUCAGAGGUAUUCAAUCAGGGUGUCCUUGCUGAUUAUGGGAUUAGGCUAGAAGCACAAAUACUGAUUCAUGAGGCAUGCCUGGAUUUUUGGAGACUUGUUCUCCACUGCUUGGUCCAUGUACUGGCAGCCAGGAUGUUGCUGUUCUCUGACAGCUUUUUGCUGAGUGGAUGUUUGAAAGAUCACUAAGACAUUCUACACACCCAACUACCUUUCCAGGUAGUCUUUGUGUUAGUGUGUUAUCAAACCAGUACUGAUGAGGAAAGAAGGGUGUAAGGAAUGAAGGUUUCUAUUAAUGAGUGCCAAAUACUUCUAUUUAGAGUUGAAAGCAGCUAAGAGUAUCUCAUUAAAACAUACAGAGCAUCUCAUUAGAAUAAAUGUUGAUUUGUAAGGGAUUCUUUAUCAGAGGAAAGUACAGAAGCUUCUCAUGAAGGGUUAAGACUUUAGCCACUGUUAAUAUUAAAUAAUCCUAUCAGAACUAAAGACUGUAAAGUGUUUGAAUGGUAUAAGGCCGUUUGUUGCUGGCACAGCACAGGAAGUGAUGUACAGAGGAGACAGAGCAGUGGUUGUCUGUAGUACUAACACCUUCCUAGCAUGGCUUCUCUCUUCUUUCCAACUGGCAGUGAAACUGUAAUCGUCUUAUACAGAGUAGUGGUUUAUGGUUCUAUGGCUGGACUCGAGGGUCAGUGUUACGACUUCCCAGAAGCACCAGAGAAAAUACAUGAAGAGAGAAAAAGAUGUAGAAUGUUAAGAGAGUAGCAGGAUAAAGAUCACAACUGGUAUCUCCCUCCAUAAAAAGUCAUGGAUAAAAGUGGGCUGACAGAGCUACUAUUAAUGUGUUUCAGAAUGGUUCCAUGGCUCCGAGGCCAUGGCUGGAUGCUGUGUGAAGCCUGUAGUGCUGCUGGUACCAACCCAGUGAGGGCCUAAAGCUCUUUGACCCUUCCCCAAAGAGCACAAGAGAAUACAUUUCAUAGUAUUACAGUGAUUUAGCAUCAGUACAUUCACAUUUGCCAGCAACUGUGGGAAUUCUGCCACAUCAGGACAGAUGGGGCUGUGUAAACUUUAAUUACAGGUUGAAAACCUGAACUACACUGAUAAAAUACAUCAGCAGCCUUACACAACUUCUUGCUGUUCCAGUUCUAUAUAAUGAAUCAGAAGGGUGAGACUGCCAACACAAAACAGAAGCAUCUGAAAUGUAUGUUCUUGAAAAUAACUUUGCCUUCAUCUCAUGUUAAAUGAAUUUUAAAUUAGGAAUUUCCCUUGCCUGCCAAGUCUGUAGGGAGUAGUUAUUUCAUGAUCUUCUGAAAUGCCUGGUGCAUUGCUAUAUUUGAGAUAUUUUCUGGUUUUUAAGUGGAGUUAAGUUUUGUAAAUAUUUUGUCAACCCCAUUUCAGUGGGGUCCAGUUUAUAUAAAACCUGAAGAACUGCUGUGUCAAAAAAAAGGCAUUUAGACAUGGUUUGUCUUAUUACAUCUUAAGUGCUGAGUAACAGCAAUUAGAAUUUGAGAGAGCAGGGAGUGUUUGCUUAAGGUUGUUUUUCAGGUUAACAUGCUUUCCUACUUCUAAUAUGGAAAUAAAAUUUCCUCCAGAUACAUUUUCCAGCAUAAAGGAUGAAUAUUUUGUGGUGCCAAACACUUCAAACUGUGUUGCUAAGCAUUCCCGCCUCGUAUUGCACUAGUUUUAACAUUCAGUUUGUGAUCAUUUACUGUCCCUUUGGUGGCCUUUUGAACAGAUUUUCCCCAGACUACUUUUUUCAGUAGAACAGUUUUCAGUAACAGUUUUCUACUGUUGAAAAAUGCUCAUGUCCUUUCGAUCAACUCACUGAAACCUCAAAUUUACCACAGACUGUGGGUCAAAGAAGCACUAUGUAGGGUGAAGUAAUAGAUCAGAAUGAUGAUUGGACUUUAAUAUAUUGCAGAAAUGUAAGAUUAAUAUAUGAUUGAGAUGUGACUGUGUAUUCUUAUGGAGUGACUUGCUGGAAUAUUCUUUUAUAAGAAACUUAGCCCACGUAGCAUUGAAUUCUGCAAUUAAAUCUAUGUCUAUAAUUGAUGUAUAGCAAUGUAAUUUGUAACCCGAAUCUUAAAUUUUACAGUUGAAGAGCACACAGUGAACUAUGUAAAAAAUAUAAUCUUCACUUUGUGAAUCCUUUUUUUUAAAAAGCACUUUCCUAUUGCCAACUAGCAUGUGAAUGAAUUUUAGAUUCUCUCAUUCGUUACGAUCUGUAGAAGUGAAAUUCUUUAAUCUGUUAAUGGGUAAAUUCAUCAUACAAAUGCUGAAACAAAGCACCUUAUACUAUGCUGCUUAAACUUGCUUGUAAUUGCACCUUUUGUUAUCUGCAGAUUUUUCUUAAUGAGUAUUGUGUGAUAUCAUUGUUCCCUGUGGGUCUGGGUGAAUGAUUAACCAACCUGCAGCACCAUUUACUUAUAUAGUUUCUAUUUCAAUACAGCAUUGUAUUGUGAGUUCAGUGCUUCAGAAAUAAAUGCUACUUCCAUUUGU